UUUCGUAUGCCACGUAAUUUUAAACUACGCCAUCUUUCGACAAGACGAUUAGGAAGGACUUGACAACACAUGUUGCACACGUUUUAAUAACUGUAUUGUUGAAAUAAGAAUAGAUUGACACGAACUUUGAUUAUAAGAUUUAGCAUCCCGUGUUGACAAUGAGCGAAAAAUUGAUCGGUGUCAUCGCAGUCCUUAGUUUAUUGUCAGUUGUGUUUGCCGGCGAACUGACAUUUGAGUUACCAGAUAAUGAGAGACAGUGUUUUUUUGAACAAAUUGAAAAGGGUGUUCAGUCUACCCUUGAAUUUCAGGUUAUAUCAGGUGGUCAGUAUGAUGUGGACAUGGAAUUGACCGCUCCCAAUGGCCAAGUGUUAUACAAAGACGUGAAGAAGCAGUACGAUAGUUUUACCUGGACACCAGAUCAAAGUGGGGUCUUCAAGUUCUGUUUUAGUAAUGAGUUUUCAACAUUUACACACAAGAUCGUCUACUUUGAUUUCCAAGUUGGAGAUGAAAAGCCACUUUUUGAACAAGAAGGGAAACAUGCAACAGCUAUGACUCUGAUGGAGACAUCAGCCGUCAGUAUACACGAAGACUUACGUAACAUAUUAGAUGACCAAACUCAUCAUCGUCUGCGUGAAGCUCAAGGCAGAGUAUUUGCUGAAAAUUUAAACGAUAGAGUAUUUUAUUGGUCGUUAGGACAGUCAUUAAUCAUAUUAUUUGUUGGAAUAGGGCAGGUUUUAGUACUAAGAAGUUUUUUCACAGACAAGAGAACAGGAAAAGCAUAAUGUAUUGCUUAUUAGAUUUUAUACUUAUUUCAUGUAGGCCAUCCUUGAAAAUUUAUGAAUUUGCUAGGAUUUAAAAUUCUUCCAGUAUAAAUUAGCAUAAUCAUUUAAGUAGUGGAUAUAAAUUAUGUGGGGGAAAUAUUUGCAAAAUGUACUAAAAACUGUUGAAAUAUUUUUGUUCUUUUGGAUUGAAUAUUCAUGAAUUUCUUAUGAAACAUGUUUUAUCUUCAACAAAAUACAUGUUUUCCACUUAGGCUUAUAAUGUGCAUCUAUUGUUAUCCUUACAAUCUAAAUUUGUUUUGAAACAAUGUCAAUGUCAUGGACAAAUUCUUGAAAUUAAAAAUCCACAAAAUCAAGCGUUAACCAAAAAAAAAUCAUUUUUAAUAAACCAAAUUUUUAAGUAUGGCCUUAUCAAGAUAUAUUUGAAGUUCAGUCUAAUUAACAUGAUAAAGAUAAAAUUUCCCCUAAAACUAGGAUGUAUAUAGAUUUUUCACAGUUUAGAUCAAGUUUGUGGUCAUCAAAUUUUCCAGUAUGGUUUCAGACUCAUAAAUUAACCUAUCAAAACUUGCAAUGCAAUUUAAAUGUUCAGAUUAUUAUAUUUUAGAGAAUUGAUUGAAAAAAAAAUCUAUUCAAGCAUUGUUUUCGAAACUAUUUUUGGCAGGUCCAAAGUAAAAUGAAGUACAUACCAAGACUCAGAACGGAAAUCAUGUUUGUAAUUAGACUUAAAUUUCAUUGUAAAUUAUUUUCAUUGCUCAUUUCAUUUUGCUCAUUUCAUACCAUUAUAGAGGAAUGAAAGUAUUUGACAAAGUUAGUUAAUAAAUAGGAGUACAAGGGAUUUGAACUGUAAAUUUUUCGAAAAUCUAACCUAGCUAUUUUUUUUUAUUUCUCCCACAAUGCAUUGUGAAUUAUCUGAUAACAUUAAAAAUUUACUUUUACGUAAAUGCUUUACAUGUAAUGUUGCCAAUCACUUGUAAACUGUUGUAAGAUUUGUACUAAAUUUGGAAGGCAACUAAAAAAACACCUAUAUUUAUACAUUUAUAUAUCCCAUGCAUGUUCAGUAACUAUGGUAACUAUAUUAAAUGCUCUGAUGCCAUUGCAUGUCAGGAUGUCAAACUUAUUCAAACCAUAUUGCACUGUCAGACUUGUACAUGAAUACACAAUUCAGAUACUAGACAUGCUAGAUAUAUUAUAAUUUUUGUAAAAGUAUGAAAAAUCUCAAUUUUUUUUCUCUUUGAUGUAAUAUAAUUGUAGUGUGGAUAUUUUGUAUCACUGUGUGCUAUUUGUACUUCUGUUUUAUAUGAUGUAUGUGAACACAUUUGCAUUGUCGUGAAGUGCGUAUUUUGAGAAUAUUUAUUUUGUUUGUUUUUUUGUAUAGAUGGUUAUCAUUCCAUAUACAUGAUAUACUUGUAUAAAAACAUUCAUUGUUUUUUUUUGUUUUUUUUUAUGGUUAUGUACUUUUUGUUUUAGAAAUAAGCUGUUUGGUUUAGUGAUCUAGUGAAUGAAAGAUUUCCCAGUAGAUUUUAUAGUAAUAGUUAAUUAGAUGGGCGUAUCAUGAUCACAGGAAAUCUCAUUUGCAAUUAAAUCAAGGGUUUACUUUAAAAUCUACAAAGUCAGUGCUUGCUCAUUUUAAGUUUUUAUUGUUAUUUAUCUUCCAUUUGCUUCUUUAGAAAUCUAGUUUUCAAAAGUUAAUUUAGAAUUUUUCUUAUUUUUUUUUCUUUCUUCUACUAAAUAGUCAAUUAAAAUAUUUCUCUGAAUUAAGUACAUGAUGAAGGGAAAUUGGAAACAAUUUUGGAGACAACAUCAAAGUUUUAAUUUUCAGAUUAAAUACUUUCAGAUAUCUGCUGUUGAAUUGUGCUCUCAAACAAUUUUUUUUUAUAUUAAAGUAGGAGAGCAUUUAGAAAUAAAUAUGUAAUUGUUAUCUUUUAUUCAAUAAGUCAGCUAUCAUGAUGAAAGAGUAUCAAUAAUUUAAAUUUGAAGUACUUUGUUUAUUUGUAUGUUUUGUUUUCCAUUGACAAAAAGAUUUAAGGAAUAAAAUGCUUUAAUUGA